AUGGGUGUUGCACCUGCCGGGCCAGGUCGGAACGGGAAACCACAUGAGAAAUCUGAUCCUCUAGUGUUACAUCGUCUCCGCCAGAUUCUAGAGCCGGCUCGCUCAGAGUCUGAGCAUGAAGCUGAGCUGCACGAAGAUGAGGAUACGUCUUGGUUCGGCUUCGGUCGCGAUCCUACGGGGCAUCCCGUCUUCCAUGACUAUGGAAGGUUUGCAGCUAUCAUGGCAGACUCCAUGGUGGAGGAAGUCUCCGAAAGGCACCCUCAACUAGCCUCAUUCAUCGGUGAAACAGGAGCUGGAAAGAGCACUAUCAUAAAGCUGCUCAUAGACCGCCAAGAUAUGACAUCUUUGGAAGCGUCCAGAUACUACUCCCCAGUGACCUCGUCUAGUUAUGACCGUAUUCCUACAACAGGAGACGUUCAUCUAUAUGCAGAUCCCUCAACACUGUAUACCAGCAACCCGCUCCUGCUUUGCGACUGCGAGGGACUUAGCGGAGGUGAGACAUUGCCUAAGCAGUUGAGGAAUCGCGCAGAUGAUCUCGCGAAUGGCUACAGGACAAGCACGUCCAGACCAAUAUCCUGGGCCAAGACCCCCAACACCAAGAAGAGAGAAUACGCUGUUUCUCAGCUUUAUCCUCGAAUCUUGUACACAUUCUCAGACGUCGUAGUAUUCGUGCUCCGCAACCCCCGAGCAUUUGAGUCAGUAGUGCUGCCGAAGCUGCUGCGUUGGGGUGCAGCAUCCAUCGACAAGUCACUCAACCAACCGGUGCUCCCUCAUGCCAUUAUCGUACUCAAUGCAUCAGAGCCCAACAUCGACGAAAAGGAGUGGGAUGUCGAGGUAGCAACCCAGAUGCUGAUGUCUGAUAUCCACGGAGCGAUUUCAAGGGAGCCUGCGCUCCAGGAGUAUGUGCAACAGUGGAGGAAGCGCGGCAAGACAGUCUCCAGCACCAAGGAGCUGCUGGAGUGUUAUUACGCCUCUGUGAGCGUGGUCAGGAUCCCGUACAAGGGCUCCUAUAUGCUUAUGAACGAGCAAGCCGGCAAGUUGGCAGAAUUGAUUCGGGAGCGAGCCACGCUUUCGCAAAUUCGGAAGAGACGGGUGCGAAUGCUGGCGACCCCUGAGAAACUCCAAUUCUACCUGCAAGCAGCAUUUGACCAUUUCACGAGGGAUCUUGAUACACCAUUCGAUUUCAUCAAAGAGACCCUACGUCACAGCCCCGCGUCGAGAAAUUUCGAAGGCAAUAUAUUGAACCUUGCACUAGCUGUUCGGGACCGGGCAAGCAAUGAGAGGAUCAAGAGCAACGCAAAACAGAUCUUCCGAGCAAUGGUGCCAAUAAUAGCAUCAUGUGUCAUGUUUGACACAGUCAGACAAAAUCUCCUAGGUGAGUCCAAUGUUCUACAUUCCCCCUCGUGUCUCGCCGUCAAACUCAUUGCAACAGGUACUGCAUCUCGUCUUCUGGACGACAGGUACGCCAAGCCUUGUGCAGCAGCAAUCCAGACUUUUGCAGAUUUGCAUUGGCCCUGCACCUAUAUCAAUCCAGCCUUCCCCGGUGAGCUUGGCCGAUGCUGCAAUGUGAGAUCUGGGCACAAUCCCAAAGGCCACCAAAACAUCCACGGCAAAAUUAUUGGCCAUGGUGACUACGAGUCCGACUUUGAUCCCACAGAGUUUGCGUCUGCUUGGAACCAGCUGAUCAGAGGGAGCCUUAUCCAGCUACAGUCGUCUGCUUUUAGACUAAGCCAGGAGUUCCCAGACAUGCCUGAGCUCCAGGUCGCCGCGCUUCUUCACAGAGAAAGGCUGAACGAGCAGUACUCCAACAUCCUAGGCGCAGCAACUGAUUUCGUCAGUUAUUCAGCGUGUCUCUGCUGCUUGCGAGAGCUGCCCGAGUGUGCUCUUCCGUGCGGCCACGUACUCUGCCUCCCAUGCGUGCAGAUAUACGGAACAAAGACCUCAAAGACCACCAUCGAAAUCAGCCGGUGUCCUCUGCAUGUCCGAGAUAUCAUUGCCAGCCCCCCAUGGGUCAUCAACGUAAAACCAACCCACGCGGGCACCCGAACGCUCUGUCUGGACGGUGGCGGCAUCCGUGGUAUCGUGCAAUUGCAGGUGCUCCGGGAGAUUGAAAAGGUUCUUGGGCCCGACUUACCCAUCCAGCUGUUUUUCGACCUCAUAGUAGGCACAAACACGGGUGGUCUUAUAGCUAUUGGCUUGGGUGUCAAAAAGUGGUCGCUACAGGCCGCUACAGCGAAAUUCAAGGAUCUCUGCAGAGAGGCCUUCACGCCUCGCGAGAUGAAGAGCGUGCCCGUCUUUGGGAUGCUGUCGAGCCUCUAUCACGGAAGCCUGUACAAGACGCAGCCCUUUGAGAAAGCGCUGAAGAGGUACUUUUCAGAUCAGCCGUUCUUCGGCGGCAGUGUGCAUCGAUCACGACACAACAUCUCGCUGAAGGUUGCCGUCACUGCCACGACUUCGAUCGAGCAACAGCCUGUACUGUUCGCAAACUACAACCGGCCAGACCCUCCGAAUAAGAAGCUGCCAUAUCGGUUCACACGUUCGGACGUACCGUCUAAGGAGGCCCGCACAUGGGAAGCUGCGCGAGCAACAGCAGCUACACAGCCGUUCUUCAAACCCUUCCUCAAGGAAGAGACGAGCAACGAGUACGUGGAUGGUAGCGCACAGUUCACUUGUCCCGUCUGGGUAUGCCAUCACGAAGCGGAUGCUAUAUGGAACGGUGACUCGAGCCCAGAUAUGUUGCUGUCGAUCGGCACUGGCCGAAACGUUGGCGACAGGAACGGCUCCAGCAUUCGUCCGUCGUCUGUAUCUGUGUCUAUGUCCGCUACAAAUACGUCCGCAUCGAUAACGCCUGGCAAGAGUGCGGUGCUCAGGCAGGGCCGCGGUGGUGCUGGAAACUACAAGGUCCGCAACAACAAUUCUAACCCGUCCUACACCACAUCCACCAGAAAUCCCGGCACUGGCUACUUCCAUCGCGACCCUAGGACGCCAAUGCUGUUAUCAUUCAACAACCCCAGCGCUGGUGCAGAGAGAUCCAAUGAUCACAGACAAGGUGACACCGUGUGGGACAAGUUCAUGCACCAGAGGGGGUCGAUGGAGGAGUCGGCCCGCAAGAAGUAUUUGCGCAUCAACCCUGAGUUGUUCUCUCAACUCCCCAAGUUUGCAGACGUCUCAAGGAUAGAUGAACUUGAGCGCGAGACUGAGGACGUUUUGAGACAGAAUCCAGGUGUUAUUCGUGAAGCGGCCCAUCGGUUGGUGGCAAGCACUUUCUUCUUCGAGCGUGAUGCCGGUUCUGUCAAGCAAACCCAUUCGGGAUACACAUGCACAGGGUCGAUAUACUGCAGAUUCCGACAGGCCUCGACGGAGAUCAGGGCACUCGGCUGGUUCCUCAUCUCCAGCUCGAGCCUCGAGGGCGCCUUCGAGCCGUACUUCCUAGUCGAGGACGACAGCGGGCGGUCGCCCGCGCAGCGAAUCCCGCUCACGCAGCCUAUGCUCCAGGGCAUGCACUUCCACGGCCACUUUGUGCUCGAGCCGCUGCGCCUGGACGUCCUGGACGAGACGUCCGAGGUCCGCCUCUCGCUCGGCCUGCAGGCGGCGGCCUACCCCUCGGGCAGCACCGUGCUGCCCAUCAGCGGGUUCCCGCGCCGGGUCAUGGCCGAGCCCGGCGGCGCCCCUGCCGCCGCCUCCCCCGGGAGCGCGCAGAUAGGCAUCAUCCCGUCCGCGAGGACGUCCACUCUCGAGAGGCAGUACACGGGGAGCUCGUCGUCGCGGCCGACGACAGCAACGACCAUGACGUUCCCGGCUGUGUCGACGCCCGAAUCCGUCGCCGUGUCGCUGGUCAGCAGCGCCGGCGUCGUUCCAGCCAGCCUCGACUCGCCUUCGUUCUUCGGCAAGCUGUCCCUGCGCGACUACCUGGACCCAGAGCUGCCAGAGCUGCCGGGUUCGAUGCCCCCAGCGGAGCUCGAGGGCGAAUCGUUCACAACGAAAAAGGAGGUCCGGAUGCCUUUGUAG